AUGGCCUAUUUUGGUAACAUAUCGUGUGUUAACUAUGAGGAGGAUCUGUGUGGACAACUGCAGAAUUUGUUCUAUUCAGUGGAUGUUAUUUAUGAUGCCAUGGAGGGACUAGUUGGUGUGGUCCUCAACCACCAGAGGCACUGGUGUGAUUCGAAGAUCUUCGAGGCUACGUUACUCCCGGUGGUGGAUGGUUUGGAGUCAUGCGAAAUGAUGGUUGGGCUACUUGAAGGCUUCGUUAAACCUUUGGUGGCAGAUGAAGUGGCUAAUUGCAUUUCGAGCUUACCUACCGACCAUAGGCUAAGCAUCCUUAGCGUCUAUUUCCAAUUGGAACUCUACCUGCCCUCAGAUAGCUCAAAAGAUGGGUCGACUGAGGAGGAUGGGGAGGAUUCGGAUAAUGAUAGACACAACCGUGCUAUGGAGAGAUAUCUAGAGAAGGCGACAGAGUGUGAAAGAAUGAGAAUCUUUAGUGAGAAUGCUUGGGAGGUUUUCCGAUGCGAUAGGCAAGAAGUUGAGGAGAGCUCGUCUAGCUCUGAAUCUUCAGAAGAGGAGAAACCCUACGCUUCUGGCAAAAAUUUCCUGUUUUUUAUUUUUACAAAAGCAAUGAUUUCUUCGGACAGUUCUUCCAGUGCUGAAGAAUCUUCGGGGAAAAGCGGGCAAGGAUUUCAAGCCAGACUGUCCAGAUCGUCAUUGUUUCGUGGAUCGCCUUCUUCCCAUUCUUCAUCUUCUUCAGAAAGCAGUGACGAACCUUCCAUUCCAUCAGGCACCCAACAUAGAAAUCCCCCGCCCAGCCAAAAUAAUUUUCUUACUUCGACAUCACCAAAACCCUCUUCUUUGAAGCGACAUAGAGAGCGGGAAAGUAAAACAGAGUCUUCCAAACUUCUACAUAAGAAAAGCAAAAAAACAGGCAAAUUGGAAGAAGAAGAGAAGGCAGCUUCUGAGGAAGAAGACUUGCAAGAUACAGAAGAAGCUGCUACAGAUUCACAUGCAACUGGCAAAUUGGAACAGAACGAAAUUGACACCCCGGAGGUAAAGACGAGCAAAAGUGAGAACAAUAGAAAGGGCAACACCCUUGCACUAGUUGACAAGUCAGGGAAGGAAAAGUUUGCAUGGAAUGGGAAGGACGAAAUUGCGUUGCUCAGCGGACUUGCCGAGUGCACUGAAAAAGGUAAAAAAUUAUCUAAAAAUGCUCUUUUCAAUUAUGUGAAAAGUCAACUAGAUAGUGAAUACAGUGAUAAGCAAUUAGACAACAAGCUGAAGAGGCUUAAGAUGAAGUUUAAAGAUUCUAUAGAGAAGAUUAAAGAACCGGGGAUUAGAUUUAAGAGUCCACAUGAAGAGAGAGUUUUCAAGUUGUCAAAAAAAAUUUGGGGCAAAGAGGAAGAAGAGGAGACUGUGACCAAGAAAAAUAAAGAUAAAGAGAGGAAUAAAAAGUUAGCCACAAAGCCUGAUGAUGAAGAAGAGGAGGAAGAAGUUGAGGAGAAAGACGAUGAUGGAAUUGAACCUAAUAUGCAGGGUAAAGAGUUGGGCAUCAACAAGGGCGAUCAAAAUCGGGGAAAGGAUUCGGCUGCACGCUUCUCUAAUGGUGUGCAGGAGGAUUUGUUGUUGUGUGGGUCCAAGGGGGAGUUAAGCAGAGGAGAUGUGAAGGUUUCAGGUACCUGGCUUCUCGAUUUGAUGAAUCAGGUAGUCAAAGAAAACAUGGAUACUGUGAAAGAGUUUAAUAUGGAAAUGUUCAAAGAGAUUAUGAAAACUAUGAGCAAGCACAAUCAGAAUAUGUUAAAUCGGAUGCUUGAAACAAAUCAAAGAUGUUCCAGCAACAAGGGAGCAAAAAGUAAUUUUCUUUUCUCUACAAAUGAGAUGAUCGAAAGGUUUCCUUCUUCAAGUUUCAUGGAGUUGCCGGCAUUAAGUGACUCUGAAGAAAAAGAAUUUAAACGGAAGUGGCAGGAGCAGGAAGCUGUUGAGAUGGAAGCUAACAUCAAAAGAUUAGUCUUGUUGCAAGAGGAACUUCAAAUGAGGAUGACAAAGCUUCGAGCUUCUGGGAAUAAUAUAAGUUCUUAGAUCUCAUUUUGUCCAUGUAAAUGUAUGAGUUCUUAAAUUUCUCUGGACCUGGAAAUAUUUAAGUUUUUGUAAUGGAGGAAUCCUUAAGACAUGAUAAUUUCUUGUUCCACACUAGCUUUUUUCUUAAGUUUAUAUAUUACAAGUUGAAACCAGUUUUCAUAAA